AGCUCGAAUGCGGAAGUGGUGUCCUUCGGCUCCUUUCACUCGCACUGACACGCAUUCAACUACCAGUGAGGCUUCUAUUCGCCUUCUCUUCCCCCAAGACGUGCUGGUUCACAUUUUCAGGGCCAGCGUGUCUGGUUUAUGAUCGGCCGUUUGGUGAAUAACGUAGCGCAGAGGGUGCCGAGCCUUUUGUACCGGGUGUGUGUGAUGAAGAAGCCGCAGGUUGUGUUCGUCCUGGGCGGGCCUGGCGCCGGCAAAGGGACCCAAUGCGCCAAAAUCGUCGAGAACUACAACUACACUCAUCUGUCAGCUGGAGACCUACUGAGGGCAGAGCGGGCCAGAGAGGGAUCGGAGUUUGGAGUUCUCAUCGCCAACUUCAUCAAGGAAGGCAAAAUUGUCCCUGUGGAGAUCACCAUCAACUUACUUAGAAUGGCAAUGGAAGAGACCAUGAAUAAAGAUGAACAAAAGUUCAGCUUCCUCAUAGAUGGCUUCCCCCGCAAUGAGGACAACCUUCAGGGUUGGAACAAUGUCAUGGAUGGAAAAGCAGAUGUCAAGUUUGUGCUUUUCUUUGACUGCAGCAAUGAGGUUUGCAUCAAUAGAUGUUUAGAACGAGGGAAGAAUAGCAGGCGCACAGAUGACAACAGAGAAAGCUUGGAGAAACGAAUCCAAACGUACCUGCAGUCCACACGACCGAUUAUUGAGCUGUACGAGAAGCAAGGCAAGGUCCGCUGUGUGGAUGCCUCUCACUCUGUGAAUGAGAAAAGCAGCAAUGCGGUUCCUUGUCAACUUCUCAUGAAUGUUGGCAGCUUCACUGGUGAAAAUGGGGCUUGUCUGGAGUUUUACACAUAAAGGCAGUUUUCACGUUGGUUUGCUAAAGGCAAAAAAGGUCUUUGCUGACGUGAAAUGCAUCUUUGACAAAGAGGGUUGACUUCUCUCCUGCUGUCAGCAGCACUUAUUUUUACUCUUUUUAGUUUUUCUUUUUAUCACCUGACAAUGCAUCUUGAUAACCGUAAUAUUUAUAUGUGCGUUCAUAUGACUUUAUACUUUCGGUUACUUUGUGUUUUUCUUUCUCUUGUAAAAUCUGAGCUGUUUUUGUUGUUGUGCACAAUGUGUAGGGUGGCAAUGAAUAAUGAAAAGCUCAUAGGGAAUGACAUUGACUCAUCUGCGUUGUCUUCCAUCAUAGUUUGGAGCGCUGUCUAUAGGAACAAAUUGUACUAUUAAUGAGGAGACAUACUUCGUUAAGUCAGAAAUGGUAUCACUGAUGUCUUUACAAUAAUUAUCUUAUACUUGUUGGAAGCAGCUGCCAUGUGUUUCAGACCAAAACGUCAAAAGUUGUGACGAGAGAAGCUGGAAUUGUUUCCAAGUGAAAUGCAUAAUUAUCCUGCCUUACAUUAUGUAUCACAACCAUGACCGGACGGCUCUGAUGAAGUAGGGCUUUUCACGCUGAGUACUGUACUUAGUAGAUGUUCUGUGAAAAUGAUCAGAACCACUCAAUGUACUUCUUCAUACCCAUACCUCCUGAGAUCAUACAAGUGUGUCUGUAUCUGCAGAAGAUAAAAACAACUAUAAAAAUG